AUGGCCAUUUACGCGUUGGACGGAGUUUCGCCGCGGUACUUCGGUGCGGGGCCGGCAUUCGUCGCCGACGAUGCUCAUGUGAUCGGUCAGAUCAAUCUGCACGAGGAUUGCAGCGUCUGGUUCGGCUGCGUGCUGCGUGGCGACAAUGAGCCGGUGACCAUCGGCGCCCGCACCAAUGUGCAGGAGCACACGGUCAUGCACACCGACAUGGGCUUUCCGCUUGUGGUCGGCGAGGGGUGCACGAUCGGCCAUCGCGCCAUGCUGCAUGGCUGCACCAUCGGCAACAACAGUCUGAUCGGCAUCGGCGCGAUUGUCCUCAACGGUGCGGUGAUCGGCAACAAUUGCCUGGUCGGCGCCGGCGCGCUGGUCACCGAAGGAAAAGAGUUUCCCGACAAUUCGCUGAUCAUCGGAUCGCCGGCGCGCGUCGCGCGGACGCUGGACGAUGCGGCGGUUGCGAUGCUCACGGCUUCGGCCGAGCAUUAUGUCGACAAUGCGCGCCGCUUCGCGACCGGCUUGUCCGAAUCCACUUGA